AUGGCUGCUACCGAAACUCGGGAGCUCGAUGAGCUGAACCACGACAAUGGCAGAAUCUCACGCAGCGACGAUGAAGCGACCGACAUGAGCACGGAGCACAUGCAAGGCGACUCGUUGCCACCCACGGAUCACGGACGCGGUGCAUAUCUCGCCCUUGCGUGCUGCACCGUCGCCCAAGCUCCCAUAUGGGGGUAUUCGGUUUCGUUUGGCAUCUUUCAAGAGUACUACAGCAAGCCGUCGAGCCGUCUCUAUGCCACACCCGGCGCCAUUGCAUCCAUCGGCGCCGCACAGAUGGGCAUCAUGUACCUUAUGAUGCCCGUCGCCUUUCUCGCCCUGCAUCGAUACCCUCAUCUUCGCCGCUGGUGCGGCCCGCUGGGCCUGCUCAUCACGGUAGCCAGCAUCGCCGCCUCGGCAUUCGUCAGCUCAGUCGCUGGCCUCAUCGCCACGCAAGGCGUGCUCUACGCGCUGGGUUGCGGCCUGCUCUUCAGCCCCAUCUCGAUGUACAUGGAUGAGUGGUUUGUGGAGCGCAAGGGCAUGGCCUACGGCGUCAUGUGGGCAGGCAAGUCGGCCGUCGGCGUUGCGAUGCCGUUUGUCUUUAGCGCUCUGCUGCAGCGGUUCGGGCUUCGCGCGACGUUGCUCUCUUGGGCCGUGGCCUCGGCGGUAUUGACGUCGCCGACGCUCGUCUUCCUGAAGCCGCGUGUACCGCUACCGAGGACGUACCAGGCACGCCCGCUGUCAUUUGGGUUCGUUCGCCACGCGCCGUUCUGGAUGAUGCAGAUUGGCAUCAUCAUUCAGUCGUUGGGAUAUCUUAUGCCGAGCACCUACCUCGCCAGUUACGCAUCCGCCAUUGGCCUCUCGUCCGUCACGGGCCCCAUGCUGCUGGCCCUCUUCUCGCUCGCAUCGGUGCCCGGGGCCGUCAUACACGGCAUCCUCGGCGACAAAAUGUCCGCGACAAAAGUCAUUCUCAUCUCCUCGCUGGGCAGCGCACUGCCAGUAUUCUUGCUCUGGGGCCUCAGCAGACAUCUCGCCAACCUGGUGGUCUUUGUUGUCCUGUACGGCUUCUUCGCCGGCGGGUUCAGCUCCACGUGGUCGGGCAUGCUGCAGGAGAUCAAGCGCGACGACGCCGGGACAGACACAGCCAUUGUCUUCGGCAUGCUGCUCGGCGGGCGGGGUGUGGGCUUUGUCCUCGGCGGACCUGUCAGCGGAGCGCUGGUGUCCGCGGGAGGUGCGCUGACCGGUGAGACGCUGGGCUACGCGACAAAGUACGGGCCAAUGAUCCUGUGCACCGGUGUGACGGCCAUACUGGGAGCGUGGGCGCCGUUUUGGAAGAUGACCAAGAUUGCAAAGUCGAGAUGGGGUGGGAUGCAUUCAGCUCGCAUCUCGUGCACCGUCUUGGCCAGCCAAGCCAGCCUCCGAGGAAAGAUCCUCGCUCCCGACAGCGCCACCUAUGAUGCCCGGCUUCAAACAUACUACUCCGCCAACGCGGCGCAGCGCGCCUGGUGCAUGGCGCUGCCCGAGAGCACCCACGACGCUCAGGUCAUUGCUCGCGUUCUCACACGUCACAAAUGCCCAUUUGGCAUAAAGGCAGGCGCGCAUUCGGCAUGGAAGGGUUCGAAUGGCAUCGCUGAUGGUGUGACCAUUGACUUUGGCUACAUGAAUGCAACGACGUACGAUCCGAGUACGGGAAUUGUUUCGAUACAGCCAGGCGCGAGAUGGGGGUCCGUCUACGAGGCCUUGGACAAGUACAACGCGACAGUGGUGGGUGCUCGAACAUCCGUCGUGGGUGUCGGCGGCUUCACCACGGGCGGCGGUUACUCCUUCCACAGCAACGCGUACGGAAUGGCAUGUGACAUGGUCGAGAACUGGGAAAUCGUGCUCGCCAACGGCAGCGUCGUCAACGCAAACGUGCACGAGCACGCGGACCUGUGGAAGGCACAAAAGGGGUCCUCUGGCAACCUUGGCUUUGUCACCAAGAUCGACCAGCGCGCCGUUCCGGGAAAUCUACUCUGGGGCGGCCUCACAGGGUACAGCCUGUCGGAAAGAGAUCAUCUCUUCAAGGCGUACGUCAACUUUGUUGAUCAGACGGUAGACGACUCACCGGAUCAGAGCAUCUUGGCUUUGGGCUUUGAUCAGGCUGGGUUUUACCUGCGAUCCAUCUUCACCAACACCAACGGGGUGGCGAACAGUCCUGCAUUUGACGAGUACCUCGCCGUUCCCAACAUCUCGAGCACACUCGCGUCGGGACCUGAGAGCGAGAUUAUCCCCCAAUUCUCUGGGCCCACGCCGCUGGGUCUAUACACCAACUGGUUCACAGGCAUGGCGACGAAUACCUUUGCGGCCAUGUCUGCCAUUGACGAGCUGCAUCACUAUUUUGCGCCAAAGAUGCAGGCAGCUGCCCCGUAUGCCAACUUUUCGACUCUCAUCACCUUCCAGCCCGUCACGGAGGCCAUGGUGAAGAACAGUAACAAGCGCGGCGGCAACGUCCUUGGGCUCGAGCGCGUCGUGGCAAACGGGCCGGCGCUCAUGUGGCUCGUUGUGCUCACCGUCGACACUGCGGAUCACCAAAGCACAAUUCUGCCCGUCGCACAGGAGCUCGUCGCAGCGAUUAAUGAGAGGCAACGGAAGCAGGGCACCUUUAUAGACUGGGUCUAUCUCAACUAUGCCUGGGGCGACGAGCAGCCGAUCAAGUAUUCUGGGGCUGAGAAUCUGGGGCUUCUGCACCGGGUGUCGAGGAAGUAUGAUCCCUUGGGUGUCUUCCAGAAACUGAGGAAGACGGGUUUCAAGCUGAAUACAUAG